GCGCUCAACCACACAAACACACGCCAAGCGACAUGACACUUCGCGUUUUCCUGGCGUUUGACGACAUUCACAUGUAAACCUGGCAACCGUUUAGCAGGUAAUUGUGAAUGUUUAUGGGAAGGUACUGGCAGGAGGACAGUGCACCUGCUGGAGAGCGGUGGUGGUAAAGGUGGUAAAGAGUGAGCGCUUUUCAACACAACAGCACCUCUUUAUACAUCUUGAUGCCAUGGAGACUGACGGAGCAUCAUUCCCCAUCACUGAACUCCCCGCUGUGGAGUCUGCACACACCAUCAGCGCCAAGAAGGAUCUAUGAAACCUGCAUGGAUUUGUGAAAUGUUUUCUCAUUCCCCCCUGAGUUUUCUAGGAUGAUAUGAGACCACGGCUAGCGGACAUUUCCCCCGCAUCCUGGGCAUCCUGAGAACUCAUCCGCAACAGGACUCAGCCUUCACAGCCUUCAGGGUGAAGAUGCCUUUUCACCAUGUGAGAGCAGGGCUGCUGUACACAGACAACUUCCUGACCCACUCACUCUCUGAGAUCAGUGAGGAACAGUUAUCCCACAUCUCCACUGAAGAGCUUGAUGAGAUUCGGGAGGCAUUCCAGGUGCUGGACAGGGAUGGGAACGGUUUCAUCUCAAAACAGGAGCUGGGCGUGGCCAUGCGCUCACUAGGCUAUAUGCCUAGCGAGGUGGAGCUAGCUAUCAUUAUGCAACGCCUGGACAUGGAUGGUGAUGGACAGGUGGAUUUUGACGAGUUUGUGACAAUACUUGGACCUAAGCUCCUCUCGUCUGACACCAGAGAAGGCUUUCUCGGCAGCACUAUUGACAGCAUCUUCUGGCAGUUUGACAUGCAGCAGAUGUCUCUGGAGGAGCUGAAACAAGUCCUGUUCCACGCCUUUCAAGACCAUCUGACAAUGAAGGACAUUGAAAACAUCAUUGUGAAUGAGGAGGAGAGCCUGAAGGACAACUCAGGAAACUGCCAUACUGAAUUUGAGGGAGUGCAUUCGAAAGGGAAGAAUCGGCAAACGUGCGUUCGCAAGAGCCUCAUCUGUGCUUUCGCAAUGGCCUUCAUCAUCAGCGUCAUGCUCAUUGCGGCCAACCAGAUGUUACGUAAGGGCAUGGACUAGCUCCGUCCACUGUGACCCCUGAGUGAUAUUACCUCUGCUCCACUUAUCUAGCCAAACAAGACAUACUGUAUCAAUGAACCUCUAAAUAAGUCAUUGAUGUUGAUCGCAUUGUAACUGGGUUAGCAGUGAGCAAGUGUCCCACUGUUCGGAAGACACCAGCCCACUACUCUCUGGAUUUAAUGCACUCUAAAGACUUCUAUGCAUCCAGCUUUAAAGCAUCUAAUGAAGUACUACUUUCUCAGAAGAACUAGAGCCAACACAUGGAUGUAAUUGAAGUCACAAACUGACAUGAUAAAACUCUAAUAACAGUUGUUUACCCUCCCUUUAUCUCUCUGACAGGAAGACACAAGGGCUCCUCUUCGGUGCCCCUUUAAUGCAAUAAGAUUUUGGCCCCCUCUUGUAUUGUGUAUGUUUUUUCUCUCUCAUCAACUCCAGACUCCAUCUGAAACAGGAGUCAUGAGGAGGACACCACUCACCAGUAUCUCCCAUCAAGUUCAGUUCAUUGUCUGUAUUUGAGCAUGUGCAUGUAACUUGCUUCAGUCCGAAAAACAGCAUUAGCUUUUGCUAUUGAUUAAAAAUGGAGUCACACAAGCUGUAGCAAACACAGUGACUGAAGGCUGAUACCAUAUUUUCCAGACAAUAAGUUGGUCUGGAGUUAGAAGGUUCAUCUAUGAGGAAAGUGUGGGAUUCAAAUAUAUAUUCGUUUUAUUUCUGAUACCUAGCUAUAGUAUAUAGCUGGUCAAGUUAACAAACAGCAGAUGUGUUAUUUGAAUCUUUUUCUAUGCAGUUCAGACGUUACUUGCUUUUAAGUCACCAAGAUCACCAACAGUUCAACAGGAAACCUUCUGCCAGACAAUAUUUACUUGAUUGUAUCUUUACAAUCAUGCAGAUUUAGGUCACACAGGCAACAUAUUAGACAGACAGGCAGAAAUGCUUCCUUAUCCUGAUUGGUUGGAUGUUGGUGGUCCACAUCAUUUAAAUUUUCUCUCAUUUACAGAGCUUGGCGCAUCACAGAGACCAAGAGUUUCUCCUCUGAGCAGAUAUUUAAUUGAAUAUGAGGAGAAUUUAUAAAUCCAUGGGGCACGGUGGCUUAGUGGUUAGCCCUUUUGUCUCACACCUCCGCAGUUUGGGGUUCACUUCCACACCUGUGUGCAUAGCGUUUGCAUGUUCUCCCCAUGUUUUGGGGGUUUCCCCCAGGUACCCUGGUUUCCUCCCCCCAGUCCAAAUACAUGUCUUGCAUUUCCAAAUUGUCCGAAGUGUGAAUGUGUGUGCAAUUGUGCCCUGCGAUGGGUCGGCACCCCGUCCAGAGUGUAGCCCGCCCUUUCCCUGAGCUCCCUGAGAUAAGCUCCAGGCUCCCCUUCAACCCUGUGUAGGAAAAGCAGUACAGAAAAUGGAUGGAUGGAGGGAUUCAUAAAUCCCUGAGUCCACCUUUAAUACAAAACAUCCAGCAUUUAUUGUCUGGAAAAUAUGGUACAUAAUUAAACACAGGGUAAUUGCCAGUACCUGUAAAUAGAAAACUAUGUGUAGCUAUAAUAAAAAAAUUAAUAGAUAUGUUAGUAAUUGCUAGAAAUGAUUGGAACAUGUAAAGACAUGUCAGGGGUCAUUCUAUCUGAUCUAAACUGAGUAUAAGGUCUUCUAAAGGUCUGAUAAACAUUUUGUCUGAUUACCAGUACUUCUGCAGAAGUGUCUACGACAAGUUUUUGGACUUUUUUGGUCCAUUUUUGAUUACUCAUUCUGUUCAGACUCAGGCUCUGUGAAUGCAGCAUUUACGUGCACCUGUAAUAAACUGGUCUGUCUCUUAACCUUGUCUUUUUAUCUCCUAUUACUGUAUGUAACCCUUUUCUCUGUAGUGAAAAUGCUAUAACUAUUUUUGAAUAUAUUUAAAUGUGUCAAUAUUCCCUUUGCCUGUUCACUCUGUUUAUGUGUAAUAGUGUAGCAAAGUCAUGUUUUCUCAUAUAGCACUGCAUGCAUGUCUAUGUAUAUUAUGCUGUAUAGCAGAAUUGUCUGUUGGAUGCAUACCUGAAUGUCUAGUCCAUGCAUGUCAGAAACUGUUUCUACACAUGUGUGUAAAGCACUGGGAUUGCUGGGGUUUUGUUCUUGGAAGCAAUCAGCUGUCUUCCUGUCAUCUCUCAUGUUAGAAAAGACUUGAUGAGAUAGUUGAAUGAAAUGGGCCAUUAUGGGUGAUUUACCGUAUGUAAGUAAUAAAACACACUAGGACAUGGUGUUAUACGAAAAUUAACAAUAAUGAGGUUGAUUAUAUUGAUUGGUGUUACAACCCUGAAGCUAAUUAUUUUCCAAUAACAGCAUGUUCUGAAGUAUCGUAUUCCUCUUAUAUUACAGCAGUUUGCCAACUAUAACAAUUUUUUAAUUAAUUCUUAAAGAACAACACACCGUACUGUUUAUCCAUUUAUAUUUUACAAUAUAUUACAAAAAUAUGUUACAAAAGAAGUGAAUUCCUGUUAUUCCUCCCCUCACAAGCCUCUCUUUUUUUCUCUUUCUUUAAGUUAAUAAAAACAAAUGCAACUUGUCAUGUUAGUGAGAAAGCGCAAGGCCCUCCCUCCUGUUGGAAAGCUUAAAGUUACAGCUUUACCUCUGACUGUUACAAAAGUGCUGACACUGGAGACUCCUUCCAAAAAUGUUAAAUAAACGUCUCCUCAUCUGUCUAUGUCGACCGUCUGACAUGCAAGUUCCUGUGUAUGUUGUUACUAAAGAACCAAUAACAUUAGAAAGGAGUACAUUAAUACAAACCUGUGAUUUGCCUUGCAGCUGACACUACUGUCAGAGCUGCUGUUAGAGAAAAUUAAUUAAUUAACACCUUCUGACUAAUGAGAUUGGAGAAUUCAUCAGUGUUGUGGUAUAAGCUUGAAAUAAUAACUGUACAUUAGAGAUCAGAGAAAUGUUUAGCCGUGUAAAGAUUUACUGAAUAUUCAAGACAAGGCUACACUGAUGCCAGACAGUGUGAAGUCCAGCAAGAGUCAGGAGGCAAUGGCGAAUGAAUACAGGAAAUUGCAAUAGCACAUGUGCAUCUCUUUCUUAUUACCAUGAAAAUAUUAGGUACAAACGUUCCAGUCCCAAUGAAGAAGGUGUGGCCUCUGUGCAUGUCACUUCCUAUGGAGGAAACAAGGCUAUCCAACUGUUUCUGCACAAUUCUGAAUCACAUUAUGUCACAUCAAAACAAACUGUAUUAUUUAGAAUUGGCAGAUCUUUCCUAGAAUAGAUUGUUAAUGUGCAGAGGUUUUGUGAUGUGCAGAGUUUUAUUCAUUUAACAGCACACUGCUGUUAAAUGAAUAAGCGGACAGUGGCUCCACCUAGUGAGCUUUGCAAUCUGUUGUUUUUUUUGUUUGUUUGUUUGUUUGUUUUUAAGGAGAAAGCAAAUAUUGAUAAUGUAAUCUACUUACAAUGACCUAUAUUUAAAAUAAUUCAUGAAAACCAAUCAAAUAUGUUUC